UAUAAAUAAGUUCAGUCAUAAUUUUUAAAUCUAAACUAAUCAGUUGUUAAAAUUAUUAAUUAAUACUAAUUUUAAAUUUGUUAAAAAUGAAUAUUAAUUUCAGCCGUAAUAGUUUGAGGCUUUUUAAUAUUAUAAAAAUAAAGUCUAUUAAGUGCAAUGCUCGAAGUUCAUCUCAGUAUUAUCCAAUUGAUGAAUAUAUUUUCGGAUUAAAUGAACAGCAAAGAGAGUUGAGAACGGCUGUUUUUAAUUUUGCGCAAAAAGAAUUAGCCCCGAAAGCUUCUCAAAUUGAUAAAAACAACAAUUUUGAUGAUUUACGAUCAUUUUGGAAACAACUUGGUAAUCUAGGUCUGUUAGGAAUUACAGCAAGUCCAGAGUAUGGAGGUACAGGUGGUAGUUACUUAGAUCACGUAAUCGUAAUGGAAGAAUUAAGUCGUGCUUCCGCAUCUAUUGGCUUGAGUUACGGUGCCCACUCAAAUUUAUGCAUCAAUCAGAUACAUCGAAAUGGAACAGAAGAGCAGAAACUCAAGUAUCUGCCAAAGUUAUGUAGCGGUGAACAUUUCGGUGCAUUAGCGAUGUCUGAAUCAGGUUCAGGUUCGGAUGUUGUCUCAAUGAAACUUAAAGCUGAAAAACAUGGAGAUUACUAUAUUUUAAACGGUAAUAAAUUUUGGAUUACCAAUGGUUGUGAUGCUGAUACUCUUGUUGUUUAUGCUAAAACAAAUCCUAAUGUUGAUAAACCACAACAUGGUAUAACAGCAUUUAUUGUUGAAAAAGGUAUUGAAGGUUUUAGUACAGGAAUUAAAUUAGAUAAGCUGGGCAUGCGUGGUUCUAAUACAGCAGAAUUAAUCUUUCAAGAUUGCAAAAUACCUGCUAAAAAUAUAUUAGGUGAGUUGAAUAAAGGAGUUUACGUUUUGAUGAGUGGAUUAGAUUUAGAAAGACUUGUUUUAGCUGGAGGUCCACUUGGAAUUAUUCAAGCGUGUUGCGAUAUAUCAUUCGAAUAUGCUCACGAAAGAAAACAAUUUGGCAAAAAAAUUGCUGGAUUUCAAAUGUUACAAGCAAAGAUAGCUGAUAUGUAUACUACUUUGAGUGUAAGUAGAAGUUACUUAUAUUCCGUAGCAAGGGCUUGUGACGCCAAUCAUAUAAAUCGUAAAGAUUGUGCUGCAGUUAUUCUCUUUUGUGCAGAAAAUGCGACGAAAGUUGCAUUAGAUGCUAUUCAAAUACUGGGGGGAAACGGAUACAUAAAUGAUUAUCCAACAGGUCGUUUAUUAAGAGACGCAAAAUUGUAUGAAAUUGGUGCAGGAACUAGUGAAAUUCGAAGAUUAGUAAUAAGUCGGGCAAUUACUGAAGAGUAUUCGUAAAUAAAAAUAUUUUUUAUAUAAAUCAGAUAAAGUUUUUUUUUUUUAUCUUAUUAUUUUAUAUUUAUUUUUAUAUCAAAUUAUAAUUGAUCUGUUAUUAUAUCUUUAUAUAUAAAGUAUAUUGUAUGCGUAUAUUUUUAUACAUUGGCAAAAAUGAUCGAUUCAUCAGUUAUAAUAAUUAAUUCACAUGAUCGUGAGUAAUCGUAAUGUAGCCUUGAAUAUGUAUAUGAGAUGAUUGUUGCUUCUUUGGGUCAUUAGAUAUGUCAUUAACUAAAUUUCUUCUCAACUAAUGUACAUAAAGAUAAAUGAGUCACUAGAACAUAUCAGUAAGUAGUAUUAGUAGUCUCUUAAGUCGAUUGAUUAACCUUUAGCGCUAUAGGUUGCUAAUUUAAGUGUCGAAACGUUAACACCCCUGUUUUAUUUCCUUUGGACUUAGACAUUCUCUAUCUCUCUGUUACUUCUCUUUGUCUUGAUUUAAACUCAUUAAUCGGAGGACCGCCAAAGUAAUUGGACUGACUACAGAUAGGACAAGCUUGUGGCUUUCCGAAUCUUGGACAGAUUUUUAUGUCUACUGAAGACUGAAAUUUAAAAAUAUCAAAAUAAUUUGUUAGUCAUAAUAACUAUUUGAAUUAAUUAAUUCAUUAAUUUAUUAGUUAUUGGAUUAUUGGAUCAAGAGGAUAAGGGAGAACGUGAAAAUGGCACUCAAGUUCUCCAUUGGAAAUUACUAUGAGACUUACGUGAGUAUUUUUUAACCGAAAGAAUAGUGAAGUGAUUAAAUUUAUUAGUG